AUGCCUAUUACGUUACUCAAGUCCCUAGAAUUACACAGUGACAAACUAUGGUCAAUUGACAGCGCCAAGGGAUUAAUGGCCACGGCUUCUUCUGAUCGAAAAAUCAAAUUAGUCAAUCUCAGAGCCACCGAUAUUAGAGAAGUUGAGGAACUUGAUGACAGUACGCACAAGAAGUCCGUAAGAUCAGUAGCUUUUAGACCUCACUCAUCCAUACUGGCAGCCGGAUCGUUCGAUUCGACGAUAUCAGUAUGGGGACAGGAUGAAAAUGAAGAUACCCAAGGAACCUUCCAAGAGACAGAACUGCUGGCGAUUAUCGAAGGUCACGAAAAUGAGGUGAAAUCUGUAGCCUGGUCCCAUGCGGGAGAGUUUUUGGCCAGUUGCUCGCGAGACAAAAGUGUCUGGAUUUGGGAAGCUGAUGAAAUGGGCGAGGAAUACGAAUGCCUAAGUGUCUUACAAGAACACUCACAAGAUGUUAAACACGUAGCAUGGCACCCAUCGAUGAAUUUACUAGCUUCGAGCUCGUAUGAUGAUACGAUCAGACUUUGGAGAGAAGACUCAGAUGAUUGGGAGUGUGUUACCGUGCUGAAUGGUCAUGAGGGUACUGUGUGGUGUUCGGCUUUUGAAACAUCAGAAUCGCAGCUCAGGUUGGUUAGCUGUAGUGACGAUGCGACAGUUCGCGUGUGGAAAUAUGUAGAGGAGGGCGAUGACGGUGAGGAUAUAUGGACUCUGGAAGCAGUGCUUCCUCGUAUCCAUUCGAGAGCUGUGUACAGCGUGAGCUGGAGUCCGGGCGGGUUUAUCGCGAGUGUUGGUUCUGACGGGCUAUUGGUAGUUUACAAAGAAACAGAACUUGGAACAUGGGAGGUGGUUGCCGAGAAGGAAGAGGCUCAUGGUGUAUUCGAGAUAAACACUGUAAAAUGGGCUAACGUGAAUAAUAAAGAAUUAUUACUCACUGGAGGUGAUGAUGGAAAUGCCAACGUUUGGUCUUUUGAUCCAUAA